AUGAAAGAACGAAUCCUGCUUACACUCCUUGCUACAUCCCUUACCAUCACAGCACUUUCGCGUGUACCUCUGCUGAAAUGGACCAACACGGAGACCCCGAUCGAUGGGAAGGCACUUGCUGAAUUUUUGAAGCGUAAGUACAUUAGAAGCAACGUACUCGCCUCGGACAGCGCUACAGGUUUCAAUGAAAUGCUCCUCUACUUAUCAUCGAGUAUAGCCUAUUAUGGUAAUAUCUAUAUUGGAACACCUCCUCAGCAGUUUCUGGUUAAAUUCGACACUCGUUCCGCUAAUCUCUGGGUGCCAUGCUUGGGAUGUUUAGCAUUCUCACUAAUUUCGGAAAUGACUUAUGAUUGCUCAAAAGACGGUCAUCAGUUUGAUUGUCGUCUAUCGACAACUUGCAAUGCAACAACGAACUUGUUCGAUGUUGAAUAUGGAAGCGACAAUUCUGAAAACGAUUACCGAGGAAAUAUUGACCCUGAUACUGUUUGUUUUGGAUGUGGCUGUGGAAGCUACUGCACCAACAGAAGUCAAGGAUUCGGUUGUGUUCUCUAUGAGACCUUAGAGACCAUAGAGGACUCAAGAAUCACUUACUUGAAUCGGGUUGCUUAUUGA